AUGCCCCGCCAACCUACCAAACGACAAGUGGAGAAGAUACGCCCGACAAAGAAAGAGUUGAAGAAGGAAUGGGAGAAGCGCGUCCAAGCGUCGCAAUGGAGGGUAGAUCCGACGUUCAGGCAUCCUUCAGGCGUGCAGACGAUCACGCAGACGGAUGCAUUGCAUAGGGGUACUCCUCGGCUAAACCGCACUGAACUCGGGACACUGCAAUACGAACAACGUCGGAGCCAGAAGGAUGUGCACCGUAGAAUCCAUCUGUAUAACUUGCAAGCUGUUCUCGCUCUCUUGGAUCGGCGCAAUGAGGCUCUGGGGCUGCCGCUUGAACUGGAUGAGCCAACUACGACGCGUGAUGAUCAUCUGCAUCCCAAGGACCCCCCGCUAAUCGACCACGACUACAUCCCACCACUCGAUGCUCAUCAGGAUGAUCCUGCUCCUAAAGACAUAAUCUGGGAGGGAGAGCAUAUAGACGAGCCCAAUUUGCUUCUGGAGGAUGCACUGCUGCUGUACUGCCUAGAGAAGAGGGAUGUUCAACGCCUCACGGCGCAGUCUAAGUGGCUUGAUCUCAAGACGGUGGCCGUGCUUGCGCUGCGGCUGCAUGGGGGACUGAGAAAACACAAUGAGAUAAUUGUAGAGCGCCGUCAGUCUACACGAGAGUUCAUUGAGGAAGAACUUCACAGGACAAAGUUUAAAUCAGAACGUCAACCUUCUGGACGCUACAGCAAGUAUCUCGAGGAUGUUCUCAAGAGGCGGCCCAUCGAUGUAGCUGGCCCCAGCACGACCAUGGAGCCAGUUGCGGACGAGGACAAGAGCAUCUGGAGGCGGCAAGUCAAGCAAUUCGCUCCAUUACGUAGGACCAGUGAGGACGAGUGGUCGAAUGACUGCUCCUGGUCUCAUUAUCGUAGCCGUGAGCUCAUCGAGGAGAGGGACUUGGUUCCAUGA